AUGCAAGUUUGGGACUUCGAGUCCCUCCUAGCAUUCAGUAGUCGACUUCGUGUCGACACUGACCUCAGUGCAGGCUUUGUGCUUGCCUUUGAUUGUCUUGUCAUGGUCUUAUCCAUCCCUAUCGCUGGGCCGUCUACUCAACCGCCUCGCAAUGGGCAGCACAGACUCGUCACUUCUUCAAUGAAGAUUAAUCAGUGGCGACGCUGGACAAACGAAGUCAUUCCUUCCUUGAUCGCUCCAUACCUUGCAUACUUGCGCAAAUCGACUUCUCUCCGCGAUCAAAUUGAACUGCAGCCAGAUGAAGCUGCUGCCUUUCAGUGUAGGUCCUCUUGUUGGCGGAGGGCUCUCAAGAUCACUUGCAUACUUUUUGAUUAUAUUGAGACACUACGAAUUGAUUGUUGCACUUGUGUGCCUGCUCCCCUUCAGCUCCUGGCUCGCGGUUAUUUUGCCUGCGCUCCCAUUGCCCCUUCUCUCGCUGUGGACCUCCAGCUGCUGGAGUUUGUCAAGACUUUGUUUGUGCAUAUCACUCCCAACACGACUGCUUGGUGUGAAACACUCGAAGUCUUUCUGGCUGGCUGUGGGUAUCAACUUACCACCAAGGAUAAUCUUCACCAUCAAUUUGAUAACACCUAUCAUUGGUACUCUGUACUCUGCAUGAGUGCUGAAGAUCACUUGUCAAAUCUCAUUGGAAAUUAUUGCCCACUUCCUGCGUCAUCCAACGAGGGAUUAACACGUCCAAGCGACUAUCUAAGGUCUCGCUGUCCGAUUUGUUUUGGCUCGGUUGAUUGGCAAAAAAGUGGAACACUUAAUCUCAGUAGACCUGACGUCCACACUUGCAUUGACAUGUGCUUCACUCAAAAGUGUUCAUCGGAUCAACACGGCGGAGGUCCAGAUCCCCCAAACCCAAUCAGAUCAGUUUUUCUUUCGGAUGACGAGGUGACAUCGAUGGACGCCCAUGUGCGAAGUUGUCGUGGCAGACCCCCUGCUCGGGGUCGCAAGAGAAAGCGACCCACAGAAGAGGAGGAGGAUGGCUACGAGAAUGGCAUGAGAGUCCCGACCUCUGCGCUGGAUGGCUGCAGUGAAUCCUUCUUUGCUGCUGAUGAAAAAUGUGAAAAGGCUAGCACCCAAUUUUUUGCAGACACAGGGGUGAUGGCCAUGUUAUGUCGCUAUGAUCGUGUAUUAUGGCUCGCUAACAUGACGUCGGCGGGAGAAAAGCAGCACUAUGCUCUCGCUCUAAUCAAGAAGCUUUUCGAUAAUAUCCCUCCCGAGAUGACCGUCGGCCUCUUUUGUCUCAAGUACCGGCUCCUCGAUGAUGCCGUUCUUUGCCGGAUAACUUUCGCUAUAUCAGUCUUUCACACUUAUGGCCACCAAUGGGCCUGUCAAAUCAUAUAUCAUCCUCACAAGUGUGAAGGCUUUGGCCUUUCUGAUGGAGAAGGUUGCGAGCAUCCAUGGAGUGCACUCAAACAUCUUAUUGCUCCGCUACGCAUUUCUGGGUUUCAUCAGCGACUUUUUGUCCUCGACGCUCAGGUCCGGCACCUGGAUGACAAAAACCUUGUUUUGUUUGGCAGCUGGUUGAUCCGGAGGUGGAAUAACUGCGCUAAGAAGAAGAGUAAUGCCAUGCAAGCUCUAUGUGAGCUUUCAGUGGAUGAGACUCCUGUCCAUCAGCAGUGGAAAUUACAGGUUGAACAUCAGACAAGACCCCUGCCUCGAAGAUCGAAGACAAGCAAUGACGAUGAAAUCACGAAAAUCCUCUCCAUCGAGAAAUCUCUUGUUGAGCUCGAUGGAUCGUUACUUGUGGACACUUUGAGCCGCUGGAAGACAAGGCUUGGCAUCAGUCAGUGCACCCGUCUGGACCAAUUACGUUGGAAUGUAUAUCUACAAGUCCGUUUAGAUGCUCAAGCUCUUAAGACCCCGCAAGUUCAAAAGCUUGAACGCUCAUACAGGCAAACAGUGAAUGGUACUCAUGUUCUGAGUUUUACAGAUGGACUUCAACUGAUUCUUAAUUCUCAUGUCGAUACUGCAAUCCAGCGACGCAAUCCUACAAUACGAAAACUUGUAUCCUCCUACAAUAGCCUAUGUGCGGAUCUUAGUGCUCUUAUCAGACAACGCCGCAGUCCUCCCAAUGCUAUAGCGCCUAACCCUAUCUCUCCUGCCGGUAUCUUCGAUCUUGAUGUUGAUGCUGACAUUUGGCAGGACAUUGGACUCGAUGAUGUCGUGCCGGAACCUCCUGAUUGGUUAGCUGAUGAGGUCACUCGCGCUGCGAUCAGACUGGUGCUCGAGAUCGACCGAUGUAAUGAAGAGGAGUUGUGUGUGAAGGUUGAGCGCUGUGCUCUGCAGGAGUGGGCUAUUGUGGAGUGGGAUGCUCUGCAGAGGGCCCGUGCACAUGCAAACUCUAUGCUGACUUUCGAAGGUGAUGACGACGUAAUCCUCUAUUACAUGGAUCUUUGUGCUCGACAGUUUAUUGACCUUGUACUCAGGUGGCAAACAAAGGUUCGUCCCAUCCCAUGUGCGUGGCCUAUGCCUGACUGCUGGGGGCCAUCACAUAACGAGCUUGCUAAUGCGACACACGUGGUGUGCCCUGAUGUCUAUGAUGACGAAGAUGAUGUAGGGGAGGAUCGAGAUGAUUGGGAGUCCGAGAUUGGCUUUGGUGAUGAUGAGCUUAUGGAUGUCUUGGAAGAUAUUGCAUUAGCGGAUCAGUAUAGAGGGGAAGAGGCAGAUUACAUCAAGGAUGGCUAUGUAUUCAAUGACUCGUUGAUAACAGCCCAACUAAACAUGUCGGAUUUAUGUUGUAGUACUCUAGUUGAUCUAUAG